AUGGCGCCUGGAGGGAACCAGAGCAGUGAUGUGACGGAGUUCAUCCUGGCAGAUUUCCCCCAUCUCAAGAGCACAAAGGCAGAACUGUUUUCUGUCUUCCUUCUGAUCUACCUGCUGAGUCUAACAGGCAAUGCUCCAAUUGUCGGGGUGGUAGGAACUGAUACUCACCUACAGACUCCCAUGUACUUCUUUGUGGGUAACCUGUCCUGCCUAGAGAUCCUGCUCACUUCCGUCAUCAUUCCCAAGAUGCUGAGCAAUUUCCUCUCAAGGCAACACACUAUUUCCUUUGCUGCAUGCAUUACCCAAUUCUAUUUCUAUUUCUGCCUCGGAGCUUCUGAAUUCCUGCUGCUGGCUGUCAUGCCUGUGGAUCGCUACCUGGCCAUCUGUCACCCUCUGCACUACCCCUUGCUCAUGACUAGUGCUGUGUGCUCGCGGGUGGCCUUGGCUUGCUGGCUGGGUGGCCUCCUCCUUGUGCUUGGCCCCAUGGUGGCUGUGGCCCUGCUUCCUUUCUGCAAACAAGAUGCUGUGGUGCAGUACUUUUUCUUUGACAGUGGCCCACUGCUGCUCCUGGCAUGCACCAACACCGGGAGGCUGGAGGAAACUGACUUUGUCCUGGCCUCACUUGUUAUUGUCUCCUCACUGAUGAUUACUGCUGUGUCCUAUGGCCACAUCGUCCUGACUAUCCUGCGCAUCCCCUCUUCUUCAGGCCGUCAGAAGGCCUUCUCUACCUGUACUUCCCACCUGAUGGUGGUGACUCUCUUCUAUGGAAGUGCCAUUUUUCUCUAUGUGUGGCCAUCACAGAGUGGCUCUGUGGAUACUAACUGGGCAGUGACGAUGGUAACAACAUUUGUGAUACCGCUGAUGAACCCAUUCAUCUAUGCCUUGCGCAAUGAGCGAGUGAAGGAAGCUCUGAAGGACCUGUUCAGGAAGCUGGUCCCAGGCUUUUGGGGGAAUCUUUUACUUGCUAUGAGUUUUGAUAAUAAAAUAGUGAGGUGAAAGUGUAGGGAUGUAAUAAGUAGUCUUAAGUCCAAGUCUUGUCCAUUGUCACUGUCUUCCCUCUCAUCAUCACGGACAUCACCAAAUGACAGAAUGCCAGAGCCACUAAAGAACUCCAAAGUCAUAACUCUAUCCUUCUUCUCUUUCAGGCAAAAUUCCUUGCUUUUAUCUCAUACAUAAAUCCAUUAAAGAUACAUGUAAAUAAAGAAAUACACAUUGAUGUAUCAUAAUCAAUGCCGUUAUUACAUCAUAAGACCCUCCAACAUAUGAGAUCUUAACAGAAGGGUCCAUGGUGACCAGGGAGUCUAAGCAUGGGCUUCAGAAAAUUU